AUGCCUGCAUACGAAUUCGCUAUCAUGAUACGAGCAAUGCCAAAAACAGAGCUCAAAGUUUGUCUACAACGCAUAUCUCACGCAAUAUUUGAUCGUGGAGGUAUUAUUAGAAAUAUUGAUAAUUUGGGCUUUAAUUCGAUGCCAUAUAAAACUAGUGCUCAUGGACUAGUACACAGAGAAGCAAAUUAUUUUGUGUUCAAAGUGGAUACAGCAUCUCAAGCUGUUUCCGAUUUGAAGGAAGAGUACAGUCGUGAUGUUGAUAUCAUACGCCAACGUGUAUUCAAGGUUCCAACAGAGAAUCAAGAUGCCUGCACAUUACAAGAAGAAAUAUUGCCCCCCGCUUAUAGAAAAGAUGUUCAAAAGAUGAUAGAAAUCGGAAAAACUCAAGUUAAUCGUUUCACUUAUAAAUUCAAAUAUAAUUCAGGUCUGGAUUAUUAUCCCUUCCAGAAGUAA